AUAACGGGGCAAGCGCUGAUUUGAAUUGUAUUGAAACGCUAUAAUAACGGGACAUUUCGCCACCUCCCAUCCCCCCUCACAAGAGCCCCUCAUGCCCCGCGUGCCCUCGCCCCCCCCUACUUUGUCGACGGUCCCUCGUCAUGUACCUUACGAAAAAAAUGGAGGGGAGAAAACCUCCAGGUCCAGAAACGGCUGCCUCACUUGCCGCAUUCGGCGUAAGGUGCGCAGUCUAAUGUUCUGCAUUCUGUAUUCCACAUUCCACACACUCAGUACGCCCCAGAAAUGCACUGAACUGAAGGACCCUAAGGGAUUCUGUGAGGCUUGUAGUCGCCUUGGUGUCGAGUGCUUGGGAUAUGCAGAGAAACGCCCGGUUUGGAUGAAGGUAUCAAGCCCCUCCCCAUCUCAUUUUGAUUAAGUUGACGGGAUAAGCACCAUCUGUUUCCGGCGUAGGAUCAUGCUAAGCUUGAGGCCUGUAAGAAAGAAAUCGGAUCUUGGUUGGC